AUUAUAGAAAACACUCCGGAAAACCACCCAGAUCACAGUCACUUAAAGCAAGCCCUGGAAAAGGCAGAAGAGCUUUGUUCACAAGUCAACGAAGGCGUUCGUGAGAAGGAAAACUCUGAUCGUCUGGAGUGGAUCCAAGCUCAUGUUCAGUGUGAGGGUUUAUCUGAGCAAUUAGUAUUUAACUCUGUGACAAACUGCUUGGGGCCACGGAAAUUUCUGCAUAGCGGAAAACUCUACAAAGCAAAGAGUAACAAGGAGUUAUAUGGUUUCUUAUUUAAUGAUUUCCUGCUGCUGACACAAAUCAUUAAACCACUUGGAUCCUCUGGAACCGACAAAGUUUUCAGCCCUAAAUCUAACCUCCAGUACAAGAUGUACAAAACGCCUAUUUUUCUGAAUGAAGUUCUUGUGAAGCUGCCUACAGACCCUUCUGGAGAUGAGCCUAUCUUCCACAUUUCUCACAUUGACAGAGUUUACACGUUACGUGCUGAAAGCAUAAAUGAGAGGACUGCCUGGGUACAGAAAAUCAAGGCUGCCUCGGAGCUGUACAUUGAAACAGAGAAAAGGAAGCGAGAAAAGGCUUAUUUGGUGCGCUCUCAAAGGGCAACCGGCAUUGGAAGACUUAUGGUUAAUAUAGUAGAAGGAAUUGAGUUGAAGCCUUGCAGAUCACAUG